AUGGCGCCCAGGAAGGACGGGGACGUGGUGUUCUCUUUCAACGGCAAAUGGGUGUCAUGGACGCAUACAGUUGUCGCAUAUGCAGCCUUUCUCGGAGCAUUGAUUGUUGGUGUUUCCCUCCAUUACCACAAAAUUGUCCAGAACGAACACUAUGGAUACCCCGAUGAAUGGUUUCCCUCCGUUUCGGCCACCAUUGGUGAUCGAUAUCCUGAGCGAUCGGUCUUUAUGGUCUUCAUUGCCAUUACUUCCGGACCCCGAUUUGUCCUUGUUGCCUUGUGGUACUUCCUGACGAGGAAACCGAACUCGAAUCUGCCGGCGAUAAUUGCAUCCACGGGGUUGCUAAGAACAUUGACAUGUGGAGGAUGGACAUACGUGACAUCUACGGACGACCAUGACUGGCAUGAUAUUUUCAUGAUUUCAUACCUGGUUUUUACGCUCCCGUGGACAUUGGGAUGCCUUGCUUUGAGUCCGCCCAAUCCGAAGGCUGUCAAAUACCGCAAAAUUUUGGCGAGCUUAUUCUUUGGUACUCUUGUACCCUUGAUCUACUUCUUUAUCCAGCAUAAAAUCCAUAAAGUCGCUGGCGCUUACACCAUCUACGCUUUCUUCGAAUGGUCUCUGAUCUUGUUCGAUGUGGCUUUUGAUGCUGUCACUGCACUUGACUAUGAAACCUUUGAAUUCGUGAUCAAAGAUGUCAAGGGCUCCACCAGAGGUGAUACGAAACUAUUGAAGGAUGCUCUGAAAGACAAGGACCGCGCAAACCCUCUAAUUCAGACCUCCACCGUUGAUGGACCGUACUAUUGGCCGGCAAUGCUCGAUGCGACCGCCGACAUUCUCCACGGAUUUUUCUUCUGGUCUAUCCUAACAUCCCUCGGCGUUCUGAUAUGGUACUUCCCGCUAUGGCAUAUGGGAAUCUCUGGUUACGAAGUAAUGGUCAUGGUUCCUGCUUCUCCUUUGAUUCUUGCCGUCCCGUUUGUUCGGUCUCUUGCGAUCAAGCACCUUCGUUGGCUUCAUAUGUCUUCCCUAGUCGGACUCGUGGCUUGGUUGGUGAAGGAUCCGGCAUACCGUUUGUUCACUGUUGGACUUGCUGUCGCAUUGGGUUCCAUGGCCUGGUCAGCAGAAUGGUACGCAGAACGCAGAAAUUCGGCUCGGCUUCAGAGGAGAAUUUUCGCGUGGUGCAUUGGAUUGGUGCUGUCGAGCAUUGCGAAGUUCGCAAAUCACACGAACAACCCUGUCUGGCCGGUACUGCACUCCGGAAUCGGCGGCUGGAACAAGACUGGUCUGGUCAUAGCCCUGGCGGCUGUUUGGCGAUCCACCCGACCAGAUACGUCCAGUGGAGGAGACUAUGUUCCUCCAGGUGUGAAGAAAGGGUCAAGUGUUUUGGCUGCGCUUGGUCUGGGGGGCCUCUUUUUUACCAUGCAUUCGUUGCUCUCAGACUCUAGCACUAUGAUUCUCUGGGUCUGGGAGGGCUACCCUGUGCGAGGUCCAUUGGCUGUUCCCCACGGUGCGGUCACGAUUGCCGCGAUGAGCCUUGGAUUGUUCCUAGGAGCUGCCCUCCCCGGAUUUUUUGGGUCGUGGACAGCCUACGGGUUGGGGGCUGUUGGCGCAGCCUUACUAACAUGUUACAGCGAGUGGACCGGCUACUACGGCGGUCUGAUGCUUGCUUUCUACACGAUGGGAGUCGCUCCGGUGCUUAUCUCUUCUGCGGCUCAACACAGCCCGGCGUCUACAUUUGGCUUGGGCUACUUUGUGUACAACAUCAUGGUUCUCUUCCACGUCUGGGUUGUGGCAUAUGCAUUUGUCCCUGGAGGACCUCUAGUCCGAGAACAUACAGACUGGGUGAUGAUCACCACAAUGCUCCUGAUCGGAGCAGGUGUGUUUUCUGCUUUGACCAGCAAUUCGAGCUAUCAACCGAAGAGCAAGUCGAGUCCUCGCGGAAGGAAGCAAACCAGCUACUACCUUCAUGUUCUGCUUGCUUUACAGCUGUUGACGGCCUCGAUUGCGUAUUUGCGUUUCCCAACAUAUGAUUAUACACCCUACCAUCCCGACGAGAAGCUUAUCACCGCCGGAAUCUGGACCAUCCACUUUUCACUGGACAACGACGACUGGUCAUCCGAGCGGAGGAUGCGCGAUGCCAUCAAGGAAUUGGAGCUAGAUGUGGUCGGAUUGCUGGAGUCUGAUUUACAACGGAUUAUCAUGGGCAACCGCGAUACCACACAAUAUCUUGCCGAGGACUUGGGCAUGUACGUGGACUACGGUCCAGGGCCUAACAAGCAUACGUGGGGUUCAGCACUCCUAUCCAAGUUCCCCAUUCUCAACUCGACUCACCAUUUGCUCCCUUCACCAGUCGGUGAGCUGGCGCCAGCCAUCGAAGCUACCCUGGAUGUCUACGGAACACAAGUUGACGUUUUUGUUUUCCACUCCGGACAAGAGGAAGAUCCCGAAGACCGACGUCUUCAGUCGGAGUAUUUGUCCCAGCGGAUGGGGGCGACAUCCCGACCCGCAAUCUUGCUCAGUUACCUCGUGGUCAAGCCGGGAGAAGGCAACUACAACACCUAUGUGAGUGAAGUGAGUGGAAUGCACGACAUUGAUGCUCGUGAUUGGGACCGGUGGUGCGAGUAUAUAUUGUACAAGGACAUCAAGCGUGUGGGCUAUGCCCGGGUCAGCAGGGGUACCAUCACAGACACCGAGAUCCAGGUGGGCAAAUUUGUGGUUGGCGAGCCGGUUUCAUAUACGGACGAGAGGAUUCCUGAAGAACAAGUCCCGCCCGGGCGAAGGUUUCCAGCAUUGUUCCGUGGCGAGGGUGUUCGUGGACAUCGAUACCACGUCUUCGAUGAACCAUGGUAUUAUGCCUAA